CUAACUGAAUACUGUUUCCUGUGUUAGAUUCACGUGGAGAGACGGCGUUUUCCUCAAGCGUCUGUGAGUUUUAUCGAUUAAGGUCGUGAAAAUGACACAGCUGGAUGCCGUAGUAAAACCCAAAACAAAGCGAUCGAAGAGGUUUCUCCAGAGCCGGGAGCCCAAGCUCACUGAAAAUGAGAAGAGUGCGAUGCUCAUCAAAGGGGGGAACACCAGUGAAACUGUCACCCAGGCUCUGAAGGACCUUUAUUCCCUGAAGAAACCAAAUGCUGUUACUUACAAAAAAAAGAAUAUAACCAGACCCUUCGAGGACCAAACAUCCAUCGAGUUCUUCUCAAAGAAGUCGGACUGCUCUUUGUUUGUAUUUGGCUCCCACAAUAAGAAACGGCCCCACAACCUCGUAUUUGGGCGCAUGUUUGAUUUCCAUGUGCUGGACAUGAUUGAGCUGGGAAUUGAGAAGUUCGUGCCUUUGAAAGACUUCAAGAACAGUAAGUUCCCUGAAGGGACGAAGCCGCUGUUGGUCUUUGCCGGCGAAGCCUUUGACCUCAGUAAUGAGCACAGACGUCUGAAGAGUCUUCUAACAGAUUUCUUCCGCGGGCCGACGGUGCCCUGUGUGCGCUUGGCGGGGCUGGAGCACGUCCUUCACUUCACGGCGCUGGAUGGGAAGAUCUUCCUGAGGAGCUACAAGGUGCUGUUGAAGAAAUCAGGGUGCCGGACUCCGAGGAUAGAGCUGGAGGAGAUAGGUCCCUCCUUUGACUUUGUGUUGCGGAGGACACAUCUGGCGUCUGAUGACCUCUACAAGACCGCACACAAACAGCCCAAGGCCCUGAAGGCUAAGAAGAAGAAGAAUAUCUCCCAUGAUGCCUUUGGCACCAGGUUUGGCCGGCUGCACAUGCAGAAGCAGGACCUGGGCAAGCUGCAGACCCGCAAGAUGAAGGGCUUGAGGAAGAGGAGAGGAGGGGACGCGGAGCGGGGGCCCAGCGCUGCCAAAAAAGCCAGGACGCCUUAACUGAGGGUCCUCGGGCGCACAACUUCUCUGUGACUCGCUUGCACGUUUUACCCCUGGCGAACGCGAUUGACCCAAUCAUUGCGGGAAACUGAGAUAUUGAUCCCGCUGAUCAGCCCAGUGAGCAGCUGACUGUUUUGGUUCUUUUAGGUAUUUAUGAAUCCAAAUAGUGGAUGACUGAUUUGCUGAGUAUCUUUUCUGACUAUGGACCUGUCCUACAUGAGCCAGAUUCAUACAGAUUUACUUGGGUGUGUAGAAGGGUUUUACAUGAUGUUUAAGAAUCCCAGUUGAGAGACUGUGGAUAGAUGAAAGUGUACUCGGUGAGAGAGGCUGAUGUCAUAUUCGGGUUAUUAAAAUACUUCGGAGAAA